GCAUUAAAAAUUACAAAGCAACCCAACACAUUUUCAUCCAGGAGUGUAAAUGAAGAUUGAGUUUCCAAGUCUGGGAUAUCUUCUCUGAUUUUCAUUCUCUGCUCUUGUAAAAAAGAUGUCAAAAAACACAACAGAGAACUCAAAUUACACUUACUCAGCUCUUCUAGGUUUUUUCCUGGCUAGCAUUUCAUUGAUCACUGUUGUCAUGAAUAUAUUAGUAUUAUAUGCUGUGAAAACUGAGAAGAAGCUGCAAACAGUUGGCAAUUUAUACAUUGUUAGCCUCUCUAUUGCAGAUCUUAUCGUUGGUGCAGCUGUUAUGCCCCUUAAUAUUGUUUAUCUCCUAAACCAUGCGUGGACUCUGGGCGUAACAGCAUGUUUGUUCUGGCUGUCAAUGGAUUAUGUGGCCAGUACUGCAUCAAUUUUCAGUCUCUUCAUAUUAUGCUUAGACCGUUACCGUUCAAUUCAACACCCACUGAAAUAUCUCCAGUAUAGAACAAAAAUGAGAGCAUCACUGGUGAUUUUGGGAGCUUGGUUGCUUUCUUCCUUAUGGGUCAUCCCAAUCCUAUGGUGGCAUGAUUCUGCUAAUGAUAAGAAAGGGGAAGGAGAGGAAAACUGCGAAACAGAAUUCUCUUGUGUCAUUUGGUUCAAAGUGUUGACAGCCAUUAUCAAUUUCUAUCUGCCCUCUAUCAUAAUGUUAUGUCUCUACUGUAAAAUAUUCAGAGCUGUUCGAAAACACUGCCAACAGCGAGAAGUCGUCAAUGGAUCAUACUGCUCUUUCUCUGAAAACAGAAAUGUAAUUCAUGCUAAGGCAAAGGACAAGCAAAAUAUUUGCCUCCAAAAGCAAAGCUUACAUGAAAACACAGCUCAUAAAGACAAGCAAAUGUCCUCUGAGUGCAGAAGUACGGCAGCAAAACCUCUUUUCAGUAAUGAUGAUGAGUCUUCAAAGGCUUUUGUUAGCAGCAGUAACAGGAAAGCCUUUAAAUCUAGUUGUUUGCCUCUCACCACUGUCCAGUCUGAGCCAGAUCUGGAUAAAGCAGGAAAGAGUAUGUGUGUAAAAAAGGACAAUAAAAAUGAAGAGGAACCUCACCCACAGGACAGUGACUUAAGUGCUGCAUCAGACAGUGAUACUUUCACAGAGAACGUACCUUCUGGAGAGCAAUCCAAUCCUAGUCCUGAUCGAGCCUGCAUUCCUCAGGAAAAUACAGAGAAUAGGGAUUUCAGAGGACUGACUUACCUGAGGAGAACCUGGCAAACCCUACAUACUCAUUCCAGAAGUCAUCUUCGAAGACAGCAAGUGAGCAGGGAGUGGAAAGCAGCUAAGCAGUUAGGGGUCAUAAUGGCAGCCUUUAUGCUGUGCUGGAUUCCCUAUUUUGUGUUAUACGUGGUUUUCCAACGCCAUAAAUACUUUCACAAUCUACAUAUGUUCACUACAUGGCUCGGCUAUGUGAAUUCCACCUUAAAUCCAUUCCUGUAUCCUCUUUGUAAUGAGAAUUUCAAGAAGACAUUCAAAAAGAUCCUUCACAUUCAGUAAUAUCACACUGGCUUUUUUUCUGGGCUAAAAAGCAACCCAUAAAAUCAAUCAAAUGAAAUGUUCUAGUUUCAAAGGCAAAUACUAUGGAUAAAUUAGAAGGCUUUGGAAAACUAAUUUAUAAACAAGUGUUAGUAAAAGUGGGAUAUGUUCAUAUAACAGCUUCAACACGUUUGAAGAACGAAUUCUUAUCAGGAAUCUGAAAAGCUCAGUAGCCAGUCUCAGAACUGUUACACUGUUGUAAAUAUUUUACGAUUUGAGAUUCUCUCUUUCAUCAUAUAGAACAAAACCGAGUGUACGAAAAGAGAUCAUCAGGGAUUAUAAGUUAUUCAGCUAUGAAGAAGGCAGAAAGAAAAUAUUGUUUCUGUGACCAAAGGUUUUUUUCUCUUUUAACUUACUACUUUAAACAGGGAACACACUGCUUGUGAAGAGAGAUCUUCUGCAGUAAGAGGUACUUUGCAUAGUUAAAAAAGAAGCUUCUACUGUUUGAAAAAAUCUACCCUGUUUAUUUAUAGCUUUCUCCAAGUCAUGCACUUUUUUGGAAGUCAUAUUUUAACCUACAGUAUCUAGUUAAUAUGCUUGCUUCAUUUAUACCAGUACACUUUAACUUCACUGAAAAAAGUAGUAUUGUUAUGUCCUACACAUUUUGCUAAGACAUUCCGAACUCAAGAUAGUAUCAAGAAGGGUAGGCUGUUGUCUCUGACAACAUAUAUUCUUUGAGAAUAUACCUGAUUAUGGCCUAUAUGUAUUUUAUUCCUCCUAUGACUUGGCAAAUAGCCUAAGCAUGCAGCAGCAAUGCUAAUGCAUAUCUUUCUGACAGGCAAACUCUUCUCGCUACAGUGAGACAAAGUCCUAAGCAGUAACUCAAGUGCAAAAUAGGAAAUAAAGUACAUGAAGUGUUUUUACCUUUCCUGUCCUUUACUUUUAUAAGUUAUGCUGUAAAUGCUGCUAAAUAUUUUAGAAGAAGCAGAAUGAUAGAAUACUUAUGGUUGGAAGGGGUCUCAAGAACCCUCUUAAAUACAGCCUACAACUCAAAGCUGUGCUUUUACAGUAUCCUCAGGGUCUCAUCCAUUCAACAACAUACGAAAAGGGCUUCCUUUGAAAAAGCUGGAAGGCAGCUUUGACACAGAAGUUUGCAGGUUUCACCCUAGCAGGUCAAGUUAUUCCCUUGUUAAGCCACCCAUUUCACUGUUUCUAAGUAUAAACAGCACAGUGAGGUAAACCUUACUUUCCAGUCAAAGGAAGAAAACAUAGUUCCUUAGCAAAAGAAUGCAGUCACCUACAUUACAUGAGCUGAUGAUUUAACAGAACAGUUACAUCAGCAUAAACCAAAGUCUGCAGAUUGGGAAGGAAGAUGGAGAAUUGAGGCCAAGGAGAUCUCUGGUCCUGUAUGAUCCAAAUAUGUUAAGACUGUAAAUUUGUGGUACACAAGUGUAACAUUCAUUUCUAUACUGUGAUGGAACUAAGUGAAAGAAACAUUUUGAGCAAACAUUAAAUCUGACCUCUGGGGCAGAAUUGCUAUGGGACUGCCAUUAUGCAGUCAGUUUUAAGAAGACCAGAACCAAAUAGCUUCGCCUGCUGCAGGGGGCCUGCUUUGCAGGGGGGCUGGACUCGAUGAUCUCUAGAGGUCCUUUCCAGCCCUUACAAUUCUGUUAUUCUGUGAUUCUUCGGCAGCAGAUGUCAUAUUCGUAUAUAGUAGUGAAUUGCAUUUAAUGGUGAAUUUUCCAUGCAUUUUAGGAAGGGUGACUGGUGAAGCAUCCUGAAAGUUCAGUGUAAAAAGAAUAUAUUCUCAUUUGUGGGGGAAGAUGUAAUUGUAAGCGAAUCAUCAAAGAACUUAUCAGACUCUUCGAUAGACCUUAUCACUGUGAAACCUUGGGAGUGUGUGACAGAGAGCAAACAGUGUCUGUUUGCCUAUAAGGGUGAACAGGAGGUUCUUUUCUACACCUUGUUAGUCUUGUCACACUUAAGAAACCUUUCAUCCUUUAUCAUUGUUGUCUGGGAGAAGUUAGGGCCAAUUAACUGAUUAGAGGAACUGAUAGAGGAACAGGAAUUUCUUGUUUGUAAGUGAAUGGUAUAUGAGAUGUAUGUUGAACACAAUAAAAUAGAACUAUUCUGAUGCUACAAGAAACUGUGAGAGCUCUCUAACUCAACUGAGCGCCAAUACUCAUUGUCAUUUUGCUGUGCUGAUGUAUUUACCACUUUUAGAAUGUUUUCUUGCUUCUGAAAUAGCUGAUAGUUAGCUUAACAGCAAAGGUCUGACAGAACCGGAGCUGUUUUAGCAGAGUGCUGUCACAUGUUUGGUGGGAAAAGUUAAACGGAUGUUCUGUGUAAUAUCUUUUUACAUCAGAAGAGAAAAACAGUUGCAGGAGCAAUUCUCAAUUCUAUAUUCUUACUGAUUUCGAGCUACUUAGAGUCUUUCUGUGUCACACAUGCCUAUUUUGCAAGUGAGCAUGACAAAACUUAGAAGAACAAUUAAACACUAAAGACAUUUGCAUCAUAACUUUUGGAUGCAGUACACUAAAUAAAUGCAAAGUAUUAUUAUCCUUUCCGUUUUAUAUCUGUUAAUUAAAUGCCUGAUCAUCAAUAGAAGGUUUUUUCUUUUUUAUAGUACUUAACAUUAAAUGAAGUAUCCGCAGUUUUCUAUAUGGUUAGCUUUACAUUUGGAAAAAUGCACUAAAUUAAUUAACAUAGUCUAAUGUAUCAAACAAGGUUCAGAGAUCGAUUAAAUUCAGUCUUAAGUAGUAUUCAGGAACGACUGCAAUCAGAAAAAAAAAAUAUGCCAAAAUAUACAGAUAGUGUGUAUAUAUAUAUAAAAGUAGUAACAUUCAUUUAGUAAUUCUGGCAACUUCUGCACUGCAGGGACAGUGUCUGUGCAAGUAAUAAAACAAACCUUUUAGACUACAGAGCAGCAAAUUUUGGAACAUAACGCUCUUACUCAAAGCCACUCACAAACUAUUCUUAAGAUCAAUAGCCAUUCUGCUCU